AUGGCUUCAACGGCACCUUAUGCGAACGAUCAUCGAGACACCAACGGCCCAGGCGACGCCCGCCCCAACGCGCUCAAAAUCAUCCGUGAUGAAGGCUUGGACGGAGGUCUGCAAGGGAGGGUAUGCCUCAUCACCGGCGGAACGGCUGGGAUAGGAAUCGAAACCGCCCGUGCCAUGCACGCCACAGGCGCCGAUGUUUACAUCACCGGCCGCGAUACCAAGAAAGGUGUCGCAGUUGCGGAGAGUCUUGCCAGUGAUGGAAAGCCGGGCAAGGUGGCUUUCCUGCAGAUGUCCUUGGACUCCGUAAAGGACGUUUCUGCUGCUGCUGAGCAAUUUUUGAGCAUGUCGGAAAAAUUGAACAUUCUCAUUUGCAACGCAGGAAUUGUGCUUCAUCCCAAGGGUCUUACGAAAGACGGCUUUGAGAAACAUUUUGGCGUCAACUAUGUGGCGCAUUUCGCAUUGUUCCAGGCACUGCGCGAGACGUUGAUCAAGUCAGCUAGUCCGACCAUGUCCUCACGAGUUGUCAUGCUUGCAUCCUUAUCGCAUCAAGCGUCCUCUGUGAACUUUGAGGACAUCAACUUCAUGACGCGGGAGUACGAUCCCAUGCUUGCGUACGGAGCAUCGAAGACUGCAUGCAUCUGGAUGGCCAACGAGAUCGAGAGACGGUAUGGAAUAUAG